AUGGCUGCGGGCGGUGCCCUUCUAGGUGCAGCUCUAGGUCCCACUCUCUUAUCCAUAGUGCUACAAGCUGUAGGGUCUGAGAUCGCUAUGAUGAGCGGAGCGCCAGAUGCCGUUGCGUCACUCUUGAAAUCGGCACUGAAGAGCAACGCUGCUGGUCGGACUGUCACGGUGCCACGGUUCAUCAAGGAGAACAUCGAACGAACACUUAGAGUGAGGAUGAAGUUCCUGCACAGGAAAGUGGUCAAAACGGAGAAAACUGUGCACGACCCUAGCCCUAUCGGGGCGGCUUCCUCGACGUGCCAGCCGAAUGCUCAGAAGAGGGCCGAGUUAGAUGGUACUAUUCGUAGUACACCCCCGAUUCGCAUACGGAGCAAGCUCUGA